CUCUCUCCACCACCAGCAACCACGUGCAACCCUCUCUCUACCACCAACAACCGCGUGCAGCCCUCUCUCUCCACCACCAGCAACGUUUGCCUCCACCUCUCUCUCCCCCCUUCUCUCCCUCAAUCGGUACCCCCGGCUGCGACCGCCUCCACCUCCCUCUUCCUCAUUCCCUACCACCACGUUGUGCAGCCUCCGAUUACAGGUAAGACCCCUACAACUAUGCUGUGCAGCCUCGGAUUGAGCCUUACAGUUGGGGAAAUGGAGUCACAACCUAAUGCAGGUGUAGAGAAUCAUAAUGGACACCAGACAAAUCAAAAUGAAGAAACAAUCUCACAUCCAUAUGAUUUCAUUCCAGAAGCACCCAAGGAAGUGAAACCAAUAGUUGGUAUGGUGUUCAUUUCUGAAAAUGUUGCGUAUGAUUUUUACAAUGAAUAUGCUAGAUGGUGUGGAUUUAGUAUACGAAAAGGUUCAACGCGGAAUAGUAUGAAAACAGGUGAAACAAUUAUGCGAAGUUUUAUAUGUUCUAAGGAAGGGUAUCGACAUCGUAAGCAUAUAGAAGCAACAGAUCAUAAAAAGAGACCAAGAGCCAUGACAAGAUGUGAUUGCAAGGCAAAGAUUGUAGUUCACAAGAAUGGAUCAGAUAGAUGGGAAGUUAAGACAUUUGUGGAAGCACAUAGUCACAAUUUAAUGAGUCCAAGCAAGGUUCAUUGUUUACGAUCACAUCGACAUUUUACAGAUUCUCAUAAGGUUGUCAUGGAUAACAUGAGAAAAGCAGGUAUUGGCACAGCUAAAGUGUUAAAUUUUUUUACAAAUGAAGCUGGAGGACCUGAGAAAAUGGGUUUUAUUGAUGAAGAUUUAAUGAAUGCUCUUAAAAUUUAAAGGAGUGACAAAUAU